AUGCUCUAAAAUAAUAAGCAAUAUCCUUAACAUUUUGAUAUACAAAACUCAUUGUUAUCUACUGAUACAGAAUUUUGGGUAUCAAAUGUAAAUUUUUCUUCAAUAUCUACUUCUAUAGUGACUGUGAAAUGCAAGGAAAUUAUUAAAGAGAAAAAUAUUUCAAUUGGAAAAUAACAUAUCAAAUAUUCCAAAAAUGUAUACUUAUUGUUAUAUUUAGAAAUACAUCUUGUUUGCAGAUGCAUUUCUAACAAUUUUGAGGAAUUCCAAUUAAGAAAUUAUAGGAAUAUAAUUGUAGAAAAAAGGAAAUUAAAUUGAGCUUUAUGGACAAAUAUAAAAUUGGAUUAGCUUAUUAAUGAAAGAAUGCAUCUCAUUAGACUUUAUUUCUAAUUAUCAAAUUGUCAAACUGAUUGGUAGUGGAUCCACUGCUAAUGUAAUACUUAUUUUUAGAUUUAAGGUUUAUUAAGUUCGAUCUAAAAUAGAUGAAUUAGAUUGUGCAAUUAAAGUAUUCGAUAAAGCAUAAUUUGAGACAGACUAUUAGAUAAAGCAAUCGAUUUUAUUUGAAAUAUAAUAUUUAAAACUACUAAGUCAUCCAAAUAUUGUUAAAUAUUUAGGAGUGUUUGAAUCAAAUUCAUAAAUUAUUUUAAUUUCAGAAUUAUUAUUAGGUGGAGAUCUAAAGAGUAAUAUAGAGGAUAGAAAAAUUGAUGAAGAUUAAAUUAAAAAAAUUAUGAAAUCUAUUUUAAGUGGUCUUGAAUAUAUGCAUAGUUUUGGUAUAUUUCAUAGAGAUAUUAAAAAAUGUAAUGUUAUGCUAAGAGAUUAAAAUGGUUAUGAUUCUAUAUGUUUAAUUGAUUUUGGUUUAGCUGAAAAAGCUAAUAAUGAAAAUAACUAUUUAUUCAAAUACUGUGGCACACCUGGUUGUGUAGCUCCUGAAAUCUUAAGAAAACAAAAAUAUGGAUUGAAAGUAGAUAUAUAUAGUGUAGGAAUUUUAUGCUAUUAAUUAAUGUUUGGAAAAGACCCCUUUAAAUCAAAUACAACUAAGGAAAUAAUAGUAAAGAAUUUCUUGGGGCAAAUUGAUUUAUCAAAUGCCUCAUCAAUAUCCAAAAAUGGAUUAAGCUUCUUAUUAGGAUUGAUUGAAAUAGAUCCUUAAAUUCGAUUUUCUGCUGCUUAAGCAUUAAGACAUCCUUAUUUGUAGCAAUAGAAUAAUAAAAUAAUUAUCAGUAGAAAUAAAUUUGAUACUUUUGCUAAAAAGGAGACUGUAAAAUUAAAGCCUUUAUUAUUUAAUAAUAGUCGUAAUUAGUCACCUAAUUACACUUCUAAAACUUCACCAUGUAAAUUUUACCUUAAAACCGAUAUGAGCCCAAGAGAAAAUAACUAAAAAUAAGAUUUUGAGAAAACUAGGUUAGUUUCAAAAUCUUUUUUUUUAAGAAAUUUUAAAAAAAUGAAUACAAAAUGA